UCUGUUGACGGAGGGGAGUGCUCGCUCACCCAGGCUGGUCGUCCGGUGACUUGCCUCUAUUCCGUGGAUGAGUCCCUGUGGAAGAUGGAGCACAAUGGGAUUCUGGUUAGUCUGAUACUGGCUACUGUUCUCCCCCAAGGGAGCCCCUUCAAGAUAGAAGUGGUUGAAUAUGAGGACAAAGUGUUUGUGAAUUGCAACACCAGCAUCAGGCAUCUAGAUGGAUCAGUGGAAAGAUGGUUGACCAAAAAUAAAUCACUCAUCUUGGGCAAAGGCAUCCUGGACCCACGAGGGAUGUAUAUGUGUAAUGGGACAGAGGAGCUGGCGACGAAGGUGUCGACUGUUCAAGUAUAUUACCGAAUGUGCCAGAACUGUGUGGAGCUGGACUCAGCCACCAUGGCUGGUGUCAUCAUCACUGAUCUCAUCGCCACUCUGCUCCUGGCUUUGGGGGUCUACUGCUUUGCCGGCCAUGAGACCGGAAGGCUUUCUGGGGCUGUUGACACUCAAGUCCUGUUGAAGAACGAGCAGCUCUAUCAGCCUCUUCGAGAUCGCGAUGAUGCCCAGUACAGCCGUCUUGGAGGGAACUGGCCCCGGAACAAAAGGUCUUGAGACGGAGGUUUCUCCGAGUGCUAUAUCAACGGUGCCUUCCCCUUGUGCUCAACCAAUAAAGAUGUGUUCCUUCA